AAUCACAGCGUGUGUAGGAACACCUGAUAUGUAUAAAAGCUUUAAUUACUGCGCCGUUGCUGUAAACAGUCUACGCAUUUAAAUCUAGGACUUAAGUUAUAAUUUGCUUCGGAUUUUUCUUUCAGUCAAAGGUUAUGUAUGUAUGGAUUACGAAUUCAAAAGAAUAAAGUUACGAUAAAAAUGAUUAGAUUAUGAUUUUAAACAUAUCUUAAAACUUGUAUUGCGGCUCCGUUCGCGUUUGUUUAAACUGUAUAUAAAACAAACACAGAUGAUUAAAACAGUGGUUUUCCGUAGUGAUCACAAAAAGGACGGGAAUUAGCGAUAUCUGGAUGCAAAUAUUCCAAAUUGUAGAUAGAGGAAAUAUUCGAAUAUUUAACGCCUUUAUAUAAGUGAUUUUGUACGAUUGAUAAAUACAAACAAAAAAUGAUUGAACGUUAAGCGGAGUAUCGAGGGAUCGGAUACGGGAUAUUUGAAAUCUGAGACUUUCUAGUUUCGAAGUAAUGAUAACAUAACAGCAAAGAUGCCACAAGAUAUUGGUCCAGAACUGCGCUUAGCGCGCCCAAAAACUCACCAUGGUUUCAGUGCAGCGCACCCUGGCGGCCCGGCGCACAAUAGAAGCACGUCAGCAACCAGCUCGAGGAGGCAACAGGGGACUCCCCAAACUACUUCGCAAGAAAAUGAACAUCAUAUCGAACUUUUAGAAUAUGAAUGGCCCGAUUUACCACCAAUCAUUGAUCUUAAAGAUGCCGUGUGUCGUAAACGUGUCAGCCAAGGAAUAAAAUAUCUACUUCCGGUUGACAAGGGGAAGAACUCUAUUGACAACAAAUUCAGAACGGACUUACGCGCAAUGUUUCAGGAGCCAUACGUCACCGAAGGAUCGACUUAUGACGAUAACAUGAUCACUACAAGUGCUAAAAUACAUUUCCGAACAAACGUUGUUGAUACACGUUGGACUAGAGAGCAUUUAAGAAAGGUUCCUGUUAAUUUAAAUUCAGAAUCUGAAAAUGCACGAAAAUUAUACGCUCAUUCGGCGCCGGCGGGCGGCCGCUCACGAUCUACAAUGAGCACCGAAAAAUUAAAGACAAGGUCGAGUUUAUUUCUUCCAAUUAAGGCAAGGGCGCACCCGGAAGCGCAAAAACUCCGGAAAGAAGUUGAAGAUAUUAUUAAAAGUGUUCAGGAAGACAAUGAUGAAUAUGAUGCUGACAAAGAGGACAGGCCAAAGUCACACGUGACGCAACACACUGAAAAAGAAGACACUAAGCAUAAGAGAAAGAGUAUUGCAGGUUUCAGGGCGAGUGUUUGUGACGACAUAUUUGGCGAUAUUACGCCGGAAGUGACGAAACACACCGCGGAAAUGUUUGAUUCAUACGAUCAGCUGAAAAACACAAAACCGCCGAAACCAACUAUUCCGAAAGAGUUUAAAUCGUCACAUUUAUCAGAUGAAAGAAACCAGGAGAUAUGGGAAUGGCUGCACUAUGGCGAAACUAUCACUGACUUUGAAUUCUUUCUCAGCGUUUGUGGAUAGGUCAAUUAUCAUUAAACAUUAUACAUCCCCAUUACACUUAUUUUAUGAAGGCGCUAUUUUUUCACCCUGCUCUGAAUCAUUUAAUCUAAAACACAUGCUCUUCAUUGAUUUAUGGAAAAAAAUGUUCAUUUUCUAUUCUUUCUUAAAGUGAAUAGGUCUAUAAUGAAAGGUUUUUAAUACAAAGAAAAAGUACGGUUAUAGCAGUUAUAAAGUAUCAACCGUAACAAGAAAUCAGGAAAUGAUUAUAAAUGGAUGUUGUUGGCAAGUGUGAGAUAUAGAUAAUCUGAUAUCAUAUAUAUUUAUAUAGCCAAUAAUAAAAUGCUGUAAAACAAAAUAUUAUUAUUCAUCAUAUAAAUGUUCGUACUAAAUCACUUCGAACAUUAUCGACAUUUUCUUUUCAUGUAAUAUGUGAGUAAGUACAUCCAAAUGAGAAAUUUCUAUGGUUUUUAUCAAGAUCGUGAAAUACUUAUGGAAAAUGUGCCCAUUGUAGACCAAUCCACUAAAACAUAUCAUUAUAUCAUUUUAUAUAUUGACAUGUCUGUCAUAUUAUUUUGAGGUACUUCCUAUUUUCUUUUAUUUACCAUAAAGAAACACACAUUAAAUUAAUGAAAUGUAUUGAACGAAUUGACCGCUUUGUGAAUCGUUUUAUACUGACUGUCAGACUUCACACGUUUGUUUGCUCGUGUUCUUACACUGUUGUCUGCUGUCUACUUUCACUGCCGUCUCUAUACACCAUGUUAUUUGUUUACCGUCACGGUAUAUUUAUGUUAAUUUGUAAAACAUGAUUUAUGUACACAAUAAUCUCUAUUAAUUGUAAUCCAAGAAAGAUAAUUCAUGAAGGACAAAUUAUUCUCGUACGAGGCUUGCUUCCCUUGGAUAAAACAGACGCGCGUCUGAAUACAAGUCAUUUUUACACCAGUAAUUUAGUUAUAAAAGUAUCGGACCGGACUUAGGAAAAAGUCUUACUGAGAAAAAAAAAAAACAACAAAAAAAACCCCAACAACAACAACAAAAAUAAACGACAUCUUUAUCACUAUUUCGACAUAACUGUUCUAAUUUGAUCCUCUCUUUUUAUUUAUUUAAAUGUUUGUUCAAGUUUAAGAAUUAUGACAAAGCAUUGUUUUAUUAAACUAUUUUAUCAUCAAAAUAUAUUUUUAGUAGUUUACAUAGAUUUUGUUACAUGUGUUCACGCAAUUCACAUGCCUUGAAAUUUUUGUUCAUUCCUAAUUUAAGUUAUAAGACUAUAUAUCUAACGUCAACUUCACUGUGAACCAAACACAAACUUUGUGACUCCUUGGCCCUCUCAGCUCGGGUACGAUUUUCACCGCUUCUGACGACGGUUUCAAAACCGGUAUUUGGCAAAAAAUACUAACUCAAAAUAAUCAUCAAUUUGAAUCCCAAAUAUUACUGAUAACUUGUAAUUUUUUAAAACGUUGCUACAUAUGUUUUGCGAUUUUAUUAUUAGCAUUUAGCACAUUCUUGUGAAAUUGUUUAUUCUUGUUGUGUUCAGAACAAAAUUAUAAAAUAGUUCAGUCAAUAACUGUAUGUGUAAUCGAUCCGAAUCGCAGCAUUUUUUUCUUAUAAUUCUACAAUAGCAAUAAAUCAUAUGCACAUUCCUAUAGUUUGAUUUGGACAUAAGAAACAAUUUAUGUAAGUUUUAAAGGCCUUUAUAUCCCAGACAUAUAUUUUUAUUUCUCAAAAGUAUUUUAAUUUUGGUGUCCUGUUAUAGUUUCCAAAAA